CGGGGCCUGCGCUGGGCAGCGGGGCUGCGGAGCGGGCGGCGGCAGCGGCGCCAUGACCGCGGCCAUGCGGCAGCGCUUCGACCGCUUCCUACACGAGAAGAACUGCAUGACCGCCGUACUCGAGCGGAUCGAGAGCAAGACCGGCGUCAGCCGCACCUACAUCGCCGCCGGUAUUCUCGGGGUCGUGGCCGUGUACCUGGUGGUGGGAUACGGCGCGUCCCUGCUCUGCAACAUCAUCGGCUUCGCCUACCCCGCCUACGUCUCAAUCAAGGCCAUUGAAAGUCCCAACAAAGAUGAUGAUACACAGUGGCUGACUUACUGGGUUGUGUAUGGCAUUUUCAGCAUAGCUGAAUUCUUCUCUGACAUCUUUCUGUCAUGGUUCCCUUUCUACUACAUGCUAAAGUGUGGCUUCCUGCUGUGGUGCAUGGCUCCGAGCCCUUCCAAUGGGGCAGAGUUUCUCUACCACAGGAUUAUCCGUCCCUUCUUCCUGAAGCACGAGGCGCAGCUGGACAGUGUCGUGCAGGACCUGAAAGACAAGGCUGCAGAGACUGCAGACACCAUCACUAAAGAGGCCAAGAAAGCAACAGUGAACUUGCUGGGUGAAGAAAAGAAGAGCACUUAAACUGGAUAAGUUUCCCUACCACCUCCUUUGUGCAGCUUGAUGUUACUGGGGACUGUGGUAUAAGUUCAAUAAUAUUGCCUUGGAAACAUUUUGACAUAUUAAAGGAAUGUUCUGUAAGUUUACUUACUACUUUGCUGUGACUGGUAGAGAGUAUGCAUUUUUAUUUAAAAGCAAUGCAGUGGGCAGCAUCUGAAGCUUAAUGAAAAUACUUUAUUCAUCUUCAUGCAGAAGAAGUCUUUCAGUAAUCUCUUUCUGCAGUAACAUAAAUAAAAAGUAUUUAUCACUCA